GCCAUGGCAACCCCCGCUUGCCCCAGUUUAGGGGAAAGGGGCGACUUGGGGGACUCGCUCUGGCAUCUGGCGGUGCGAAUCCCCCCCUUAAGGAAGGGGUGGGGGCGCGGUUCCUGCCUCUGGUAGUAGGAGGGGCCCCAGGAGAUGGGAUCCGUUACCGUUUUACUCCCUUUUGAAAGCUCAGUACUGUAGAAGCAAACGGGGAGAGACGGAGCUUGCAGCCAACACUUUGACAAGAAAGGGAGAGGAAGAGAGAUAGCUACAAGAGUGCCAUUAUGAGUGACCAGCUAAAAUUUAUUGUUGAGAAGCUCAACAAGGAGCCCUUUAAGAAGAACUUCAAUUUAAUCACAUUUGACUCAUUGGAGUCAAUGCAGCUGUUACAGCUGCUAAAUGAUGUUCUGGGAGAGAUUGACCCAAAGCAAGUUGUUGACAUUAGAGAAGAGCUUCCAGAGCAGACGGCUAAACGGAUGUUGAGCCUUCUUGGCAUUCUUAAAUAUAAACCUCCAGGAGGCACCAGUGACUUGAGUACGUUCCGCCAGGGUUUAGUCAUUGGAAGUAAGCCUGUCAUUCAUCCUGUCUUGCACUGGCUGCUUCAACGGACAAAUGAGCUGAAGAAAAGAGCUUAUCUUGCACGGUUCCUAAUCAAAGUAGACGUGCCAGCAGAGUUCCUUCAAGAUGAUACUGUGUCAGAUACCAAUAGACAGUAUGAAGAGCUGAUGGAAGCAUUCAAAAACCUACAUAAAGAAUGUGAACAGCUGAAGACAUCUGGUUUCUCAACUGCAGAAAUACGAAGGGAUAUCACUGCUAUGGAAGAGGAGAAGGAUCAGCUGAUGAAGAGAGUAGAGCGUCUUAAGAAGCGGGUGGAGACAGUGCAGAAUCAUCAGCGGAUGCUUGAAAUGGCAAGGCAGCUUCGAGUGGAGAAGGAGAGGGAGGAAUCUCUCUCCCAGCAGAAGCAAGAACAGAAAAAUCAGCUUUUUCAUGCAGAGCAGAGGCUGCAAAGAGUCCAACUCCAGCUAAAGGAUAUGCGUCAUGCAGCAGUGGAUUCAAAGCCAGAAAGCUUAAUGAAGAGACUGGAAGAGGAGACAAAGUUCAAUACAUAUUUGGUCUCUGAAAAAUUUCCUAGAGAACUGGAAAUAAAGAAACAGUCACUGUACUUCUUGCAGAAAGUAGCUGCAGAGCCAGCAAUGGGCCAGUCUGAUCUCAACGAACUUGAAACCAAAAUAAAUGAGGUCAACAUACAAAUCAAUCAGUUGAUUGAGAAGCGGAUGAUGAAAUAUGAACCAAUCGAUAGUAAAUUUUCAAUGUAUCGACAACAGGCCUCCAUCAUUUCCCGGAAGAAGGCAGCCAAGGCCGAAGAGCUUCAGGCUGCCAAGGAAGAGCUGUCCAACCUAGAGAAGCAAAUGUUGCAGAAGUCAAGCCAAGCCCGGGAACUGAAUGGGGCCGAAGUCUUGAAAGGGGAUGAGUUUAAGCGGUAUGUUAAUAAGCUUCGGAGCAAAAACACGCUUUACAAAAAGAAGCGCCUGGAUAUAGCAGAAAUUACAGCUGAGUACGGCAUCCUGCAGAGAACAGAGGAGCUCCUAAAACAGCGCCACGAGGAUAUCCAGCAGCAGCUGCAAGCAAUUGAAGACAAGAAGGGUAUCUCUGGAUACAGCUAUACACAGGAGGAGCUAGAGAGAGUGUCAGCCGUGAAGAGCGAAAUGGAUGAAAUGAAGGGUCGGACUCUGGAUAACAUGUCUGAAAUGGUGAAAAAACUGAAUGCUAUGGUGGCUGAUAAGAAGUCAAGCCUUGCUCCGAUUAUCAAAGAUUUAAGGCAGUUGCGACAGAAGUGUCAGGAAUUGACCCAAGAAUGCGGAGAGAAAAAAACCCAGUAUGACAGCUGUGCAGCAGGCCUGGAGAGCAACCGUUCUGCACUGGAGCAGGAGGUGAAGGCCCUUCAUGAAGAGUGUAUUCAGGAGGAAAGCCGCUAUCAUCACAUCACCUGCAUGAAAAAGAUCCUAGAAGUCAGCCUUCAGCGCGCCAAAGAUGAGAUGAAGCUGUAUGUUUCUUCAGAUAUGCAGGAAAGAAGGAAGGCAAUCAGGGAACAAUACACCCGGAUGAUCACGGAACAAGAAAACCUUGGAAAGAAACUGCGAGAGAAGCAGAAGAGUGUGCGGGAAAGCCACGGUCCAAAUCUGAAGCAAGUGAAAAUGUGGCGAGAUUUCCAGCUGCUCAUGGAGUGCAAGAAGGAAUGUUUCCUCAAGCAGCAAAACCAAGCAUCCAUUGGCCAGGUCAUUCAGGAAGGAGGAGAGGACCGGCUGGUCUUGUGAAUCCCAGCCAUACUGAGCAUCAGUUCUGUUGUGAAAAUUGGUCUAGUUCUACAACUGUUUUUACAAAAGUUAGAUUUCUGGUUGCUGAUGUUGAGGGGCUCAGCUGGUGUUCAACUACAACGGCUGCUUGGAAAAGUCCCAGCCUAAAUAGAAUGGCAAUGGUUUCCCAGUUUGACUGGGAGCCUUUUCGGCCGCUCCUUGUAUUAAA